AUGACUCAGAGCUCUGUUAGAAAUUAAAAUGAAACAAUGUUCUUUAUUUCCUUAAUCAAUUUGAUUUUUGGGAUAAAGAAGUUAGAAAUGUUCACAAUCAUAUCUAAUUCAAUUCUCUUAGGUUUGAUCUUAAGUAAGUAAAGUUGAUGCUUAUAUAUGAAGUUUAUUUGCUAUACAAGUACAAGAGUCAUAGAAAACAACUAAUAUUUGAACAAGUCAUCAUAGUAUAUUAUUGCUGUUUCCAACUGGUUUUAAGAGGAGUACCUUCUAUUUGGUUUAAUAUAUUUUCGAUAUCUAUGGACUAACAUCUAGUUUAAUUUGUAACUUUAAUUAUUGUAUUUGCUUUCACAUGUGCAUAAGUUCAACCAAUGGUAGAGAUUAGUAUACUUUAAACAAUAUUAGAAUAAUUGAUUCUAAUUAUUAUGUUUCUUUAUAGAAAGUACAAUUUCACCAAUCUUAAGAAGCAAACUAAAAAUAAAAUACUCAAAUAGAUCAUUAAAAAUGUUAAAUAUUACACCUUUGAUUAAAACUAAAAUGAACUUAAUGGAGAAAAAUUAAUAUCAUCUGAACAAAUCUAAAAUUCAAAUGCAACAUUAUUUUCAUCUCGUUCUGAAAAUUAGAAAUUACAAUCCCAAAUUAAAAAGGAUAUCAAAAUAAAAUGUUAUACUAAAUAAUAAAUAGAAAUGGUCUAAGAAUCUCAAAUAAUGACUUCUAAACCUUCUGUUUUUGAUACUCUAAGUGGAUUUCUGGAAUCUUAUUAGAAGGAUAAACAAUAAAUGAAGAAUAAUGUAAUUUUAGCAUCUGAAUUUGAAGAAUUAACAGGACAAAAACAAUAAUAUAGAUUAUAUAUAGAAUAAUUUAAAUAAAUUUAAAAAGUUUAUACAUUAGUAGCACUAGUUAGUUUAGAAGAUAAAAUACCAUCAAAGCAAAAUAAAUAUAUAGACAAAUUUAAGAUAAGUUUAUCCAAAAUAUUUACUCACAAAUUGAAAACUCCACUUAAUACAACUCUAGGAUUUUUAUAAGCUAUUGUAUAAGAAAAUAAUACAAUAGAUGAAUAAGUAAAAACAAGAUUUUUAAAGCCUGCUUUGAUUAAUUCAAAAAUUUAAUAUUAUUAAGUUUAAGAUAUUUUAGAUUAUGUAAAUUCAGCAAAAUUAGUUACAUAUAAAAUGAGUAAGGUCAAUUUACAUAAGACUUUACAAUUAAUUUAUGAUAUGAUUGAAUUAUAAUGUAGAGCAAAAUAAAUUCAAGUUAUUUUUACAGUAAAUUCUAAACCAUUUGAUGUGAAUGAUAGGUAUUUUAAUAUAAUUUAUUAUAUGAUAGACCUAUAUAUUUAACAACUGAUUAAUUAAGAUUAGAAAGAAUUCUAUUUAAUUUAUUAAAUAAAUCAUAUAGACAUACAUAAAUUAAAGGCAAAAUUUAAUUAAAUGUAGAUGUAUUGACUGAAAAUAAUUAAGUUUAAUUUAAAAUUAAUGAUAAUGUUUAAGGAUUUAAAUAAGAAUAAUUUGAAUAAAUCAAUAAUUUUGCUAGAUUAUAAAAUUAAUGUAUUCAUGGAUUUCGAAAUUCAAUUGUAAAAAGAUCUACAUUCAAAUUUAGCCUUACAUUAUAAAUUACAAAUAAAUUAAUUUAUUUUCUUAGUGAUUUUCAGUGUUCCUUAUAAAUAAAUCAUGAUUUAGAAGAAGGAGCAAGUUAUUAAUUUUUUAUUAGUCUUGAUUGUAAAUAAGUAAAUGUUCAGUAGUCAUUUGAGAUCAGUUAAAGAAAUUUAAGUUUCUAAAGAAAAAGUUCUGGUUCACUUAAAUAACAUUUACCAAAUCAUAUUUCAUUAUUUACAACUAAUAAAAAUUAAUAAUAGUAUUAAUAUUAUUUUUUAUGUAGGGAUAAAGUGUUAGAAGAAUAUGAUAUAGAUGAAGAACCACUUGCAAAUAAACCACUUUAAUUAAGUACAUAAAUGGCUUAAACAUCUCCUAAAAGUACUCUAUUCAAAAACCAUCCUGUCUAACAAAGUAUCCUUCCUUUUCAUAAAUCUGUGUUUCAAAAGGAAAUUAAUGAUAAAUCACUAACUAUUUCUAUGGCUUUUGAUCACUCUUUUAAUGUGAAACGUGUUACAGAUUCAAUAGAUAUUAGACAAGACAUGAAUUAAACUAUAAUGUUAGUUGAUGAUGAACCAUUUAAUCAUGAUACUCUAAAAUUAAUGCUAAAAAGUUUAGGAUUCAAAAAUUUUAUAAGUGCUUAUCAUGGUUAAUAAUGUAUAGAAUUAGUAAAAAAAAAUAAUAAAUCUAUAAAAAUUAUAUUUAUGGAUCUAGAUAUGCCUAUUAUGGGAGGAAUAAAAGUAUGUAUAUAUAUAUUACAUUUAGGCUACCAAAAUUCUUAUUUAAAAGAUGUCAGAUGGAGAAAUUGAUUAUAUACCAAUAGUUGCAUGUACUGCACAUGAUGAUAAAGAUACAUAAUAGGAAUGUCUUAUGGCAGGCAUGAUAUGUAUCAUUGCUAAACCUGUAUUUAUAAGGAGUUUAUAAGAAACAUUUUUGAGAAUUAAUGAAAUCAAAGUUAAAUCUUAAAAUUUUAUUUUUGGAUCCAAAGCAAUUUCGUCAAGUAUUAAAUGAUAAAAUUAUGAAUCUCUUAAAUAUUUUGUGUUUAUAUUUUUCAUUAACCUAAAGGAAAAGCUUGUGAUUAUAUAUAUUUUUAUCAUAAAAAUAGAAGUGAUUAUAAUUUAAUUAAAAGGAUAAAAGGUUAUGAUUAUAAUUUUUAUUAGCCAAAGAAAUAAUGUAAUUUCAUUUAUUUUUUAUUAUCCAAUAUGAUUUAAUAAACCAUUAAAUUCCACCUAAUGUUAGGUUUCCUUAUUAUUCCUGACAUAGUUAAAGGCAUACUAGUGAGCUAAAUCUCUAUUUUGAUAUGUUCAACAUUAUUAUUUACCCUAUAAAUUAGUAAGAAUUCUUUUAUUGAUUAUUAGUAUAACUUAUAUUGAUUGUUAAAUGUAAAAAAUAUGAGGAUUCAACUUGUUUCAUUUUAUUCAGCUAUAAUGUCAUUCAGAUUCUACAUUAUGGUACUCAAUCCAUCUGGCUAACAUUUUGUCUUUUACAAAUUUAUAAAACCAAUAAGUUGUAAUUACAAAAAUAUAGUAAAGCUGUAUUAGUAACACUAAGCAUAAUAUUAUUUUCAUUUUCUUAUCAAGGUAAAAUAGUUUAUUCAGAAUUUUAAUCAAUUAUUUAAUGUGUUGCAUUUCUACUGUAUGAAUUAAAAUAAGUGGAUGAUAAUGCUUCCAUUAUUGAGAUGGCUGAAAAUGAAAUUCUACAAGAGUUAAAGAAACAAAUGAUUAUAAAAAUAUUUGAUUCAAAUUAUAGGGACAUUACUCCAAAGAACAAAAUAUAAUUAGAAAUUAAUUCUUAUGUAUAAAUAACUUAAAAUACAUAAAUGGAUGAACAUCUUCAAUUUUAUAUAAAAUGUUAUUAGGAUUAAGAUUUUACAAGCAGUCCUGAUUAAAAUUCAAAUAAAUCACAAUAACUUGUAUUUCAAGAUUGCUAUUCUUUAUUGGAAUUCAUAAAUGGUUAAGAAUUAAUUUAAAGCAAUGAAUAUAAUCAUUAUAUAGCAUCUUCAGUAGAUACUUAAAAGAAUAUCAAAUAAUAAUUUGUAGUUAUGCAUAAAUCUAUAAAUUAAGGAAAUUUAUAAAUAUUAUCAUUUUUGAAAAUAGAUAACUUCAUGAUAAAAUAAACAAAAAAAAAGUUUAAUUAAUUUAAAAAAUCAUUUACUGAUCUUUUUGCUCAUAAAUUAAAAACUCCUUUAAAUGCUACAUUGGGAUUUCUUUCUUCAGCCUAUAAUAGUAUUGAUGUGGAUAAUUAAAUAAAAGUGAAUUUUAUUAAACCAGCUUAUAUAAAUUCAAAAUUGCAAUAUUUUUAAAUUUCAGAUUUAUUGGAAUUCUUAAGUACUCAGACAGAUAAGAUUAUAUUUUAAUCUAGUAAGAUAUAUAUGAAAUAAUUUUUGUAAUAAUUGUCAGAAUUGAUUGAAUCUUAAUGUAUAAAUAAAAGAAUCUUAUUUUAAGUCUUUGUUGAUUAGAUUCCAUUGUAAAAAAUUGAAAAGUAAUAAUUAUGAUAUAUUGAUUAGUUUCUAUAUUAUAUCAGAUGUUAUUAAAUUGGAAAGAGUAUUAUAUAAUAUUUUGAAUUUUUCUUAUAGACAUACACCUUCUGGAGGUUAAAUAAAUUUGAAUAUCAAUUUUAAUCAAGAACGUACAGAAAUCUAUUUUAGUAUUGAUGGGAGUGGAGAUGGAUUUAGUGAUGAGGAUAUUGAAAAUAUUAAUUUAUGGAUUAAAUAAUAAUGUGAUUUUCAAUUCAAAAAAUAACACUUAGUAAUUAAAAAAGAAUUGAAGAUGUCAUUGAAGAUUACAAAUAAUUUAAUCAAUAUUUUAAGUUCUUAAGAAUAACAUUUAGAAGUUGCUUAAUCUGAAAUAGGUGUAGAAUUUAGAUUUAAACUUAACAUCAAAGAAAGUAAGACAGUAGAAAGUUAAUAAGAUAUAUAAUCUGUUGGAGUUAUGCUUAGAUAAAGAAGUUUAAAAAAUAUGAAGAGCUCUUAAAAUAAUUGUGGAACCAAUAAAUCUAUAUUCUCAUCUAAAGAUACUAAUAUAUAGUUGAAUACAUUAAAUAUGAUUGAUGAACCUUAAGCCAAUUAACCAUUAACAAAUAAGAUUCAUAAUAACAAAUGGUAAAGGAAAAACAAAAACUAAAAGUCUUUAUGUUCUUCAUUGAUAAAUAAAGGUUUGAUUGAUACAGAUAAAUUAAUUUUGAUUGUGGAUGAUGAACCAUUCAACCAUGACACUUUGAUUUUAUUGAUGAAAUCUAUGGGAUAUAAAAAUUUUCUUAAAGCAUUUAAUGGAUAAUAAGCUGUUGAAAUGGCUUAAAAAAAUUAAUAGAAUAUUUUAUUGAUUCUUAUGGAUUUAGAUAUGCCAAUUAUGGGAGGAAUUGAAGUAUUUAUAUUAUCUAUUUAUUAGGCUACAAAAAUAUUAGUAUAAAUGAUGAUUGAUUUAGAAAUGACUUAUGUACCAAUAAUAGGUUGUACAGCUCAUGAUGAUAGGGAAACAUUAGAUUUAUGUAUUGAGGUUGGAAUGCUCCAUGUAGUAUAGAAACCAGUCUUUGUAAGAACUUUACGAGAAGCAUUUUAACAUAUUAUUCACAAUGAAGAUUUUAAAAAGAAAUCAUAAUAUUUCUUAAAUUCCUAGUUGUAAAUUUGA